AUGGGUGGUGGAGAUCUGAAUAUGAAAAAAUCAUGGCAUCCGCUUUUGAUCAAGAAUCAAGAGCGGGUCUGGAAAGAAGAGCAAAAAGCUGCCGAAGAGCAGAAAAAACUCGAGCAGUUAAGAAAGGAGAAAGAGGAAGAAAGACAGCUGCAAGAAUUAAGGAGGUUACAAGAGGAGGCUGGCGGAAAGAAGGGAAUUGAAAGAUUAGAAUGGAUGUAUGCGGCAGGUCCAAAUCAAUCUAGCUCCGGACAAGCACAAGAAAUGGAAGAAUAUUUGCUUGGCAAGAAACGAAUAGAUUCUCUUAUAACACAAGGAAAUACAGUAAGCCAGCUUUCCAACCAGUCAACCGAUAUAUUUAUAAGUGCAAUGAAUCCCAAUGCUAAUACAUAUCGUGAUACACAAGCGAAAAUUCGCGAAGAUCCAUUGUUGGCAAUCAAGAAAAUGGAACAAGAUACUAUAAAAUCUAUUGUAACUAAUCCUAUAAAAAUGAAAGAAUUAAAAAAGGCAAGUUUCAGUGUUAAAUCGAAAAAAGAAAAGAAUGGUAAAAAACAUAAGGAUAAAAAAGACAAGAGUGAAAAAGAUAAUAGAGAGAGACGUAGUAGAAAUAUAAGUCCUAGUCCGUAUAGGAUGCAUCGAUCUGAGGAUCGGAACCACAGCAGUGAAAAAGAUAAUAGAGAGAGACAUAAUAGAGAUCGAAGUCCUA